CAAUUGUUUUCAUUAUCAAAAUGUCUGACAAUUAUUUUCUUUAAUAAUGGAUUGGUUGGUCAGUGUAGCCUGGAAGGUCGUAAAAAAUAGUUGAGAAACCUUGAUCCUAUUGAGCCUGGCAAAUGGACAAAAUAUUUAGCAUCAAAUACUACUAGGUACUUCGCCUUUCGUUCACCCGUCCAAGACCGGAUCACUUUUCCAGCAAUAACGUAUACUAAGCAUUAUACGUGCAACAGCGCCCUCUGCGGUCACAUUUUGUGAUUGUCACAGAAUUAUAGUGUAACACCGACAAAGACCGGCCUCAAGAGGGCAGAGUUUCCUGAGCAGCUUCCUGUUUCGUCUUCUUUGUUGGUGCGUUUGCCAUGUUUGCGGAAGCUCGGUUUCAUUAGCUAGUUAAUUGGCCGUUUGCUAUUUUAUUUUGUAUGUGUUCGAGCUGUGUUUUAUAAUACAAAAUGAAUCUGCCAAAGGGACCGGAUUCCUUGUGCUUUGACAAGGAUGUUUUCAUGAAGGUUGACUUCGAUGUUGACCAGUUUGUGGCCGACUGUCGAAAGCAGGUGACUCUGGAAGAGAUGAGAGAGGACCUUGAGCUCUACUACAAGCUGCUGAAAACAGCCAUGGUGGAACUCAUCAACAAGGACUAUGCAGACUUUGUUAACCUAUCCACCAACCUGGUUGGGAUGGACAAAGCUCUCAAUCAGCUUUCUGUGCCGUUGGGACAGUUAAGAGAGGAGGUGAUGAGUCUGCGGUCCUGUGUGAAUGAGGUGAUUCAGGCUAUAGACAACCAGCUGUCCAAACAGGAAGAUCUGCAGAAAAAAAAGGUGUGUGUAUCGAGGCUAAUCCAGGUGGUGCGCUCAGUGGAGAAAAUUGAGAAGAUCCUUCACUCACAGAACUCUAAAGAAUCCAGCUCUCUGGAAAUCAGCAGUCCUUUGUUAGCAGGUCAGAUCCUGGAGAGGAUAGCUACAGAAUUCAACCAGCUGCAGUUCCAUGCUGUACAGAGCAAAGGCAUGCCCCUACUGGACAAAGUCAGACCUCGAAUUGCAGGGAUCACUUCCAUGCUGCAGCAAUCUCUGGAGGGUCUGUUGAUCGAGGGUCUGCAAACAUCCAACGUGGACAUGGUGCGUCACUGCCUGAGGACAUACGCCACCAUAGACAAGACUCGAGAUGCUGAGGCCCUGGUAGGACAGGUGCUGGUCAAACCCUACAUGGACCAGGUGAUAGUAGAAGAGGUGGUCAAGUCCAGUCCAAAUGGUCUUCAGUUGAUGUAUUCUAGACUGCUGGAGUUUGUUCCCCAUCACUGUAGACUUCUAAGAGAGGUGACUGGGGGAGCCAUAUCUAGUGACAAAGCUGACAUAGUGCCGGGUUAUGAUUUCCUGGUGAACUCUGUGUGGCCGGAGAUGAUCAGAGGCAUAGAGGAGAGGCUGUCCUACCUCUUCAACGCUGGAAACCCCGACAUGUUCUACGAGCGUUACAGCACAAGUAUGGAGUUUGUGCGGAGGUUUGAGCGUCAGUGUAGCUCGCAGGCCAGUGUGAAGAGGCUGAGAGUGCACCCUUCAAACACCAGCUUCCACAACAAAUGGAACCUGCCUGUCUACUUUCAACUACGGUACAAGGAAAUGGCAGGAAGUCUGGAGAAUGCCAUAAGUGAGGGAUUAGAGGCAGCACCAGAUGGCAGUGCAUACCAUCUAAGGGUAACUGAGGUGCUGUGGUCCUGUCUAGUGAGGUGCUGGUCAGACAAGGUCUACCUGUCACCUCUGGCCCAUCGUUUUUGGAAGCUCACGCUGCAGCUCUACUCACGAUAUGCCAAGUUUCUUGAUGAGGUGUUGACUAAGACUCCACCCACUGAGGUGACUAAAGAGCUGACUAGGCCUCUCCCAAGCUCCGCCUCCUCCACCUCCAGCCGAACAUCAGUGGAGGAGGGCAGCAGUGAGAGUGGGAGCCCGACCUCUCUGUCCAUUAAACAGCUGGUCUAUAUUGCUGCUGACAUCCAAAAGCUGCAGGAGCAGAUUCCAGAAUUGUCAGAGAUGGUCAGACAGCGUUUAGAAGCCAUCGGACUCAAAAACUUUACUGUUGUGGAAGAUGCUCUAGCAGACUCUAAGGCUUGCCUGUCAAGUAGUGUUCCUACUCUGAAUACCAGGAUGACCCAGCAUCUGACAGAGCGCUGCUGCCGCUUCUUGAAGAGUGCCUCUGAGGUUCCUCGACUGUACCGUAGGACUAAUAAGGAACUGCCAGUGCGUGCAUCAGCAUACAUGGACAAUGCCUUACAUCCACUGCAUCAGGUUCUGACUGACUCAACUGGGCUGGUUUCCCCCUCCACUGCACAAGAGUGGCUGCAAGUUGCACUGUCUGAAUGCACACAGAGGUACUAUGAGACCAUUGCAGAGGUGCUGAGUUCAGUGAGGAAGAUGGAGGAGAGUUUGAAGCGACUGAAACAAGCCAGAAAGGGUGCGACCACAAUUACCACGGCAGGAGGAAAUGGUGGACCCACAGAUGACAGCAAGAUCCGUCUUCAGCUUGCACUGGAUGUGCAGUACCUAGGGGAACAAAUCCAGAAGAUGGGUCUUCAGCCAAGUGACAUCUCCAUGUUCUCCUCUCUGAUGGACCUUGUGAAAGAGGCUAGAGACCUUGCUGAACAGAACCAGUAAUAUUGGUCUUACCCCUACAUUUUCUGUUGAGCCAUGAAGGAAAAACAAAUCUCCCAGUUCAGGUCAAACCCGUGGUCAGGUAAUAUGUUAUGAUGAUCAGAGCACAAAGAAUGUAGGACAAGAUCUAACACUACUGAAAUUCCCUUUCAACAGAGAAACUACACUAAGUACCAUCUGUGAAUGAGACUGGAUCAUCAUAGGUUCUGCACAGUACUGUGUUCACAAAAUGUUUUUCAUGAACAUAGUAUACUGGUGAUGCGCACUGCUCUAUAGAAAGUUACUACUCUGAUCAUACGCUGUUGUAAAGUUGUGAAGAGAGAAAGUCAGCUAAACAAUAUUUAAUUUCUCCUUCGUGGUAAAGGAGUAAUCUCAGAAAAGUUAACAUGUACAUUUUUCUUAGAAUCAAAGUUGUAUAGUGUAAUAUGUUCAACAUGGGAUAAAAACUUUGGAUACUGGGUUAAGUUUAUAUGUUUAAUAGAGGUCAUUAGCUAACUACAGGCAGCUGUAUAUUAGUCAAGAAGCAGGACUAACCCUGGUGUACAUACCAACAAGCUAUUUGUACAUGAUUUCACUCUGGAAAAAAUGCUACGGCUUGAUAAACUACACAAAGUUAAACUGUGGUGGUAUGAAAAUUCAGAUUUGGUCUUGCCGGGUUUUAGAUUUUGCUCUGGUCUCAGGAGCUUUAAAUAAUCAGUCAAAGCAGACAUGCCCAUUUCUAUAUUAUUUCAUACAGUGAUUCAUGUUUUUAUUUAUACAUUUUGUAGGCCUGUUUUUCUUGACCUGUUUAAGGUGGUGAUGAAUUUUGGAAUAAGACUCACUUGUAACUUUGGAAUGGUAAUGACUGGUCUGAAUUUCUGAUGAAAAAAACAUUUGAAUUACACUGGGAAACAGAAGUUUAAUUUCAGCUAUCAGGAA